AUGGUUAGCGUGGUGGCACUCAAAGUUAACGCACUUGGAUUUAAACGCGCGCGACGUUACUACCGGCCUAGGAGAUGCGUGACCGCACGGCAGACAGCAGCAUACGUGGCGCGCGCUAGCGUCAGCGGUUUGGUGUUCGGCUAUAAGCUGAAUGCCGCACAACCCUACAUCUUUGAGCGGCCCGAUGUUGUGCGCAGAAGAUCAGCGCAUCUGGCGGCCAUCCUUCGAGCCCGUUCGGAGAACCACUGUAUCGUCAACGUGGACGAGACUUGGGUCUUCGACGGGAUGACGAAGAAUCGAGGAUGGAACGAUACCAUCAUCCCACAAAUCGCCCCUGCCGUUGUGAUGGAGGAGCUUUCAUGUGGAGAACAGCUGCGAAGAACAAAGGCAGAAGGGCGAUUGAUCAGUGCCCUUUCGGAAGAGGGUGUCGUUUCGGACACAACGAAGGUGAUCGUCAGCGGCCGGAGACCAGCUGACGACGAUUAUCAUCGCGAUAUGAAUCAUGCGAUGUUUGAAAAUUAG